ACUGUCCCCGAAUCGGUACAGCUUGGGUCUCCGGCAGCGGACCCGGCGAACGAGGUCGCCGCCGCGCUGACGCACUGCGCUCCGACGUGCUGCGGAGAAGUCUCCCCAUCCCUGCUCCGCCAACUCCACCUCGCCCUCUCCCCUUCCCUUCCUGAUCCGGCGCCUAGCUCCACCAUCCAUUGACGCCGGAGAAUAGAACUCAGAUCUUCAGAAAACUGGAGCUGGACAGCUGAGUCGCCACCUCGCCGGCUAGCUGAUGCGGAGCUGUGUGCCGGUGGCCGGUGGGCCGUCCGGGCGUCUGACCGUGAGAGGCACGGCUGUGUGCGGUGCGCUGGUAGCUGGCGGCCAGCACCGUGUUAGCCAACGGCUGAUUUAUGCUGAUUGCUGCGCUUUGAGGCGGUGGCAGAAACAGAGCUCCACAUCUAUGUGCGUUUUCUUUUCGAGGAACGAGUGCUAUGCUGUGGUGCUGCAUGCUUGCACUCUAUCUCCAUUGUUGGUCUAUAUCAGGCCCGUCGCGUGCUAUGCGAGGCUAGGCUUCAUAUAAAUAUAUGUUUUUUCCUCUAAUCCUGGGCGGGCUUACGGCCAAUUUAGCCUUGCCGUAGCUCCGUGAGUGUACAUGAGUACAGACUAAUUUCACCUACCUGUUCAAGUACCUGGAGGUGAAGUGCUUGUUGGCAAGACCGAGAUUCAUCUGCCUGUACAAUGUUUGCGACUACACUAAUUUCCGAGGGUUCUAUUUGUUCAGUAUUCCAUGAACUAAACAAUAGUUGUUUUGGUUACUGAAUUAACUGUCUUAGCUCUUUAUCCUUCCUCAUUCUUAUUUAGAAAAAAGGUACUGUAUUGUAUUACAUUCAUGCAAUGCUAUGUGUCCAUGAUAAUGGCAAGAUGCCAUGCUUUUGUUGUUGUACUCAGAACGUUUUUUGUUAGCACCAUCCUUACAGCACUCUUUUUCCUUGGUACAUAUAUGUGCCAGUGCAUUCAGAUAUUUUCUCUCUUCACAACUUUACCAUGGAAUUGUUGUUUUUUAGACUACAAUGUGCUGCAGCUCUCAUGACAAGCUAACUCGUAGUUGCUUUGAUAUCUAAUUAUUUUAUUUGCGCCGAGUAGGGAAUGGAGUCAAUGUCAAGUAUUGCUCCGAGUGCCGGAUCAACUACAGUGAUGGGACUUGAAGAUGAUGCCAACAACUUCUCCAUGGUCCAAACUGGACAUGACGUGUAUGUUGAAGAUCGUUACAACACACCAAAGAGAGCCAGCAGCCUGCCCGUGUGUGGGUCAACUUACGAGCCUGAGUGUGAUGAUAGCCUGCAACCCUCAAUUGGAAUGCGAAUAGCUGGGAGGCAGGUUUGGCAUUCUAUAGAAUGUAUGCUCACGAGGUUGGCUUCUCUGUGCGCAUUUGGACAUAACAUAAAGGAGAGGGUGGUGUAAUAGUUUGGAAGAAGUUUGUGUGUGCAAGACAAGGUUGGGGGAAGGAAAAGUCAGUGGAUAUAGGUCAAGUUAUUCAAGAAAUGCAAAGAAAAAAGGCUAAAAGAAAUAUCAAGAUAAGCAGAUGCGGUUGUGAGGCUAUGAUGGGAUUGAAGAGGCAAAUUGACAACAAGUAUAAGGUCGUCCAGUUUGUUGAAUCACAUACACACCAACUUGUCUCACCAAAUAAGAGGCAUCUCAUCAGGUCAAAUAGAGAGGUAACUACUGAUUUGAGAAACAAGCUAUUUACAUGCAGUAAGGCAUUGCUUGGCACAUCAAAAACUUUUCGCUUGCUUAGCAUAGAGAAGGGUGGGCAAGGAAACAUUGGUUGCACAAAACGUGACUUACAAAACUGUCAACGUGAUUUCAAAGCAGCGAUUAAGGGAGCAGAUGGACAACUUAUAGUAGAUAUAAUGGAAAAUAAAAAGAAGGCCAAUCCAGCGUUCUACUUUGAUUACCAGGUAGAUGAGAACAAUAAGUUGACCAAUAUUUUCUGGGCAGAUAGUAUAUGUAGAAAGAACUAUUCAUUGUUUGGUGAUGUUGUGUCAUUCGACUCUACAUAUCGAUUCAACAAGUAUGACUUGGUAUUUGCGCCUUUUACUGGAGUUAACCAUCACAAAUCUUGUGUUACAUUUGGUGCUGCAUUUUUGUCAAAUGAGAAGAUUGCAUCAUUCAAAUGGUUAUUUCAGACUUUCUUGAAAGCAAUGUGUGGGGCUGCACCAAAGCUAAUCAUAACCGAUGAGGACCAAAGCAUGAGAAGAGGAAUAGAAGCUAUAUUUCCGAACACAAAGCAUCGACUUUGUAUGUGGCAUAUUCUGAUGAAACUCCCUGAAAAAGUUGGACCCAUCUUGAGAAAUAAUGAAGAUUUUAAACCAAAAUUCAUGGCGUGUGUGUGUGGAUCAGAGACUCCAGAUGAGUUCGAAUCACGGUGGUCUUCAAUAAUUUCUGAGUUUGGCUUAGAGGAUAAUGAAUGGUUGAAAGAAAAGUAUGAUUUACGCCAAUCAUGGAUUCCAGCAUACUUUAUGGAGUUCUCCCUUGGCGGAAUAUUGCGAGUGAGAAUGCAUUUUUCCGUCACUUCACUAACCGGAAACUUGCCUUGAUUGAGUUUUGGGUAAGAUUUGAAACCGCUUUAGAAGAGCAACGACAAAAGGAGUUGCAGGAGGAUAAUUCUACCCUUCAUACCUUGCCAAUACUUCAUACUUGUUGGGGAAUUGAGGCUCAUGCCAGAGAAGUGUAUACCCACAACAUUUUUGUUGCUUUCCAACUUGAGGUGGUGGCUGCUAGGGACCGUCGCCAUGUAAAAACUAUUGAGCAGGUUGGUGAUAUCCGAACCACGAGCAUUGCCGAUCUUAGUGGCAGGAUAAGAGUGGUCUGUUACGACACUAAUACGAAAGUUGCACAAUGUACUUGUCGAAUGUUCGAGUCACUAGGCAUCCUUUGCUCUCACAUCAUUGUUGUCUUAAAGAAUGAUGGGUGUAAUGAAAUACCAAGACAAUAUGUGCUGCAUAGAUGGACUAAAAUGGCUGCACGACAUCUUUCCUAUGAUGCAAAUGGAAAUGAGCUGGAAGGGUCAUCUACAUCCCUUUCACCUACCAUGAAGAAAUUGUACUCAGAAACAUGCUCUCAGUUCAGCUCGGCAUUGCAUGAAGCUAAACAUUGUGAGGGCAAAAUGAAAUACUUCCAUAAAGUUAUUACUGAUGCCCUUGCACACUUGAGGCAUACGGGGCCAUUUGACGAGCAAAGUAAAGUUCAAGAGUUUGAAUCCUUUAUUGGAACGACAUUCCCAAGCAUCAUCAAAAUUCAUCCUCCUGAUGUUGCAAACACGAAAGGUAGUGGUAAGAGAUUGAAGAGGGGUUCAGAGGAGGCCAUUAACAAAAGGAAAAAGAGCAAGUAGCAUCUGACAAGGUUCACCAUCAGUACAUUGUUCUAGUUACCAAGUCGGACAUGACAGCUCAAAUGCAUAUCCUAACCCUUGGUAGCAGACAUCCUUUUCUUUGCGCAAAAUAAUGGAUGAAAACGGCCAUAUGGAUCUGCUACACACUUCCGCUAUGGCUAGUUGAAUCUGCUGGUGCAAUAUAUGUACAGCUAGUUGAGUCCGCUGGUGCAAUAUAUGUACACCUCCUAAUCUGCUGUACCAUGGAUUGUAAUAAUAAAUUUCGGUUGCAACUCUGGUUGUGUGCUUUAUGGUAGACUUAUGUGUAUUGUCAUGCGUACUAUUGGCAAAUCAUAUUACCGUCAUACUAUGAGCUA